AUGGCGGUGGACGGGGGGCUGUGGCGGCGGGCCGCGGCAGUGGCUUGCCUGCUGGCGGUGCUUGGCUUGGCCGGUGGCAGGGUGUGGGAUAUUGAUGAGAGGACUGUGGAUCCCUCUUUGACCGAUGCUGAGUGGGUUGACUCUGUCAAACUGGAAGGUGGCCAAGGUCUCGAACUUGCUGCCCCCACCCGGGGCCUUCUCAAUCUGCAAAAGAACACAACUGUCAACCAGACCCUCUGGGCCGCCGCCAGGAACGGCAGCGCGGAGAUCGUCGCCCAGGCACUGAAGGACGGCGCGCAUGUGGACUAUCGCAACGGCGCCCACAACGACACCCCCUUGGCCGUCGCCGCGUUCUACGGCCACCUCAAGGUCGUCAACGUCCUGUUGACCAGCGGUGCCGAUCUCGAAGCCGCGGAUGACAAUGGAUUGACAGUGCUGAUCGGCGCAUCGCAAGAGGGCCACGCCUUAGUCGUGGCGGCGCUCUUGGUCGCCGGGGCAGACCCAAACGCCACGGCGCCCUCGAGUGGCGUGUCGCCGAUCUCUGCAGCCGCUCUGAAAGGCCAUGGAGAUGUUGUCGUCGCGCUUUUGGCGGGAGGGGCGAGUCCCAGCGCUACGGAUGCGGACGGGGACACGCCACUGCACCUGGCGGCCGUUACGCUUGGGGGUGGCGCGAAAAACGUGACGCGGGCGCUGCUCGACGCCGGGGCGAGGGUGAACGUGAAGGGGUCAGAUGGGGACACGCCCGUGUUCUGGGCCUCGUACUUUGGGAACGUGGGGGUGGCCAAUCUGUUGGUGGCAGCCGGAGCGAACGUGACCAUGACUAAUGAUGCCGGUGACGUGCCGGGUGACGUCAUCUGCGGGUGCCUGGGGGACGCUGAGAUCGAGCAGGCCAUACAGUGCCCAGAGGGAGGCUGCGAAAAGGGGUUCGUGAGGCACCGUCUGGGUCAACUGUUGAAGUGA